CAGCGCUGCUCCUCCUCUCUUCCUCACAGUACAACCCGGAAGCACACUUGCGCUGAGCUUUUUGUUUGUGAUGAUAUUUCUUGUCUUCUGGCUAAACGUGACGAACAUGGAGGCUUCUGGACAACCAACCGAAAACCUCUGACAGUAGUAAUGUGAUGGACAGAGUCUGCUAUUUCUGACCCAGUCUUCCCAUGUGUCCACGUCAGCGGGAUCAUAUAAGACGGAAUCCAUGCUUUCUGAUGAGCUUGACUCCAAACCCGAGCUGCUGGUUGAGUUUGUGCAGAACGCCUCCAUACCCUUGGGCCAGGGCCUGGAGGAGUCGGACUCCAAAACACCGUGUCUACCUCUCCUUGCCUCUUCUGAAAACUCCAUUUGCAGCCAGCUAGACCUUCCAGAGAGUACUCUUAGCCAUGCAGCUUCCCCAUCACUGUCAGAGUUUGGGCCAGAGCGAAGCCCCCUGGUAGUGCAACUCCAGUCUCACUCUCCAACACCAACCCCACCAACAAUACUUCAGGACCUCCAGCAACCAGACAGCACCUCUUAUGUCCUACUUAACCUUGCUAAAGGGCUGGCAGCCUCAGCAGAGCCACUGGUGUUUGUGCAGGAUGAUGUGGAUGAAGCGGAGGAGGAGAUAUCAGCGGGAGAGUGUGCUGACGGAAGUGCCCCAUGGUACCUGCGGGUACAGGAGCUGGCCCAUGACAGCCUGAUCGCUGCCACUCGAGCCCAGCUGGCAAAAGAAGCCAGGGCUAGCAGCAACAGUGACCAUAUUCAUAACUACCAGUCAGAGGGGCCAAAGAAGGAGGCACCGCCACGGAACAGCCGUACAUCUGCAGAGAAGAUCCUCAGGUGUUCUUAUGAGAACUGCCAUAGAACUUUUACCUGGCCUGCACAUCUGAAAUAUCACCUAAAAACACACAGGAAUGACCGCACAUUUCGCUGUGGAGCUGAGGGCUGUGGGAAGAGCUUUUAUGUACUUCAGAGACUGCAGGUGCACAUGAGGACACACAAUGGCGAGAAACCUUUCAUCUGUAAUGAAAAGAAUUGUGGCAAGAAGUUUACCACUGCUGGUAAUCUGAAGAACCACAAACGCACACAUACUGGUGAGAAGCCUUUCCUUUGUGAAGUCGACAACUGUGGACGUUCCUUUGCAGAGUACUCCAGCCUCCGCAAACACAUGCUGGUACACUCUGGUGAAAAGCCCCAUCAGUGCUCCAUAUGCGGGAAGACUUUCUCUCAGAGUGGCAGCAGAAACGUCCACAUGAGGAAACGUCAUGGAGAGGAUGCUCUAAGUUCUGAAAGCAGAGAAACAGGAGAGGCUCUGACUCACAGCAGUUUGCUGGAGGCUGAUGGUGCUACCAGUGAGUCCAUGGUAACUAUGACGACAGUUGUGGAACCAGUUAAUCUUCACCAUGCUAUGCUGAGGGCACAAGGUCCUGCUGACCCAGUCGUGGUACUCUCUUCACCUCAUGACCUAGUUACCAUGACAACUGGAGGUCAUAGUUAUGGGGAGGAUGUGGUGGCAUUGCUAUAGUAGUAUUUGUAAAUAAAGUAAUUAUUAAGAAUUGAA